AUGCAGAUGCAGUCCUUGGCACCUUCAGCUAAAAGCAUCUCAGUGGCCACUUGUGAUGGUGGACGAAGUGAGAUCCCAGAAGAGUGGGAUGUGAGGCUUAAUGGUACUGGCUCUAGGUGUUCCGGGUGGCUGGAGAUGCUUCACAACGGCAAGUGGAAGAGAAUUUCUAGCAAAAAUUGGACGCAGCAGGAUGCAGAACUGGCCUGUAGGCAACUUCGUUGUGGCUUCCCUGUUGGAACCCUGGAGCCAUAUUCCAAAGGACCAGAAGAGCAAGAGACUUGCCUGGUGGAACGCCGAGGGAACGAGACUGCCCUCAAGCAUUGCAUACAGCAGGAGUACAACCGCACUCGCCAUCCGGUUGUGACCCUGGUUUGUCAAGAGCUUAAACAAACCACCAAUUUAUCACAGCCCACAACAGCAACAUCAGCGACCUUGUCGAAGCCUACUGAUGCUCCAAGGAUAAGGCUAGAAGAUGGGACCUCAUUAUGCUCUGGGACUGUGGAGCUGAACUUUGGAGGCCACCAGGAAGCAGUUUGCCUGGGUUUACAAAAGUGGUGGAAUAGGCUGGCACCCGGGGUCUGCCAAGGAGCAAGCUGUGAAGUUUCAGUACGAUUUAAUGAUGCUUCGAGGCAAAAGUCUUUGCCUGCCCCCUGGGAGAAGGUACAGUGUGAGCAAAAGCACAUUACCUUGGACUGUUUGGACGGGACUAAGGAAUGCUUGAGUAUAACCUUGGUCAAAUGCUCAGGCCAGGAUUCCAAGCCCAAUAUAGAGGCUGUGUCCAAUACAGAGACUGUCUUAGGGGUCCUUCUAGGUCUUGUCCUCACUAUAGUCCUGCUGGUUAUCUGUGUGCCCCCUACAUAUAAAAAAUUGGUGAAGAAAUAUUCCAAGAAGAAACAGCACCAAUGGAUUGGCCCAAGUGGAGUGAACCAAAAUGUUUCAUUCCAUCGCAACAGCUCUGUCGCCUUCCAGCCACAUCGUGAAAACCGGGUUGUUCAGGAAGAGGAGAAUAAAGCCUUCAAGAAAAACUCUUACCUCUCACCUUAUGCAGCUCUGGAAAGGGCAGCCAACCGAUCUUCCAGCCCCUUGGACAACUCCUCUGACAGCGAUUAUGACUUAAGUUUUGCACGGCAGCUAUAAAAAUCUGACAGGCACAAGUAAAAUUCAGUACAAUGAAGAACUGAAG